CUGCUCACACCUAGCAAACAAACGUCACAAGAAAAAGCAAAACAAUAAUACAAAAGAGAUUAAAAUAAGAGAUUUUUCGGAUCUCGCUGGCUGUGUCACACAAACACUGGGCUAAAAAUGGAGAGCAAUCAAAAGCCGAGCCUUCACCAGGCUAUUCAACAAAAGUUUGGCCCCGAAAAUGAUUCAACAAAAUCGAACAAAUCAACAUUCAAACUGGUUAUACCACAGCUGAAGAUACCGCAGCUGAACAAAGGCAACCCAACGCCCACUGACCUUGCCGCACAGGAGAAGGAGCGUCAGGCGGCGGAUGCCCGCAAUGAGGUCCUGCUGAAUGAAAUCAAGCGGCGUCAUCGAAUAUCCGAAGGUGACAACACGACAGGCCAGGCAUCUUCGGGAUUUGUCAUACCUCCGCUCUCCUUUGCUCUGGGUGAGCCCUUGACGGAGGCGGCCAAACUAAAUAUUCCAUUGCUGAACAAGCUCAUCAGUCAAAACAUGAGCGACGGGCAGCAGCUGCCCAAACUGGAGCGUGCGGUGGGUCGGCUGCACAUAUCGGGUGACGACGGGGGCGACACGAUAUCGCCCCUGCAUCCAGUGCCAAUGGCAACGCCCCUCAUCGACCUAACCACAGCCCUGAUAAAGAGCAGCAGAAAUGCACCUCCCAAGGAAUAUGCAACCAAAGCUCGACUUAAGAGAGUCCAAAACACGAAGACAUUUGAUAUACCAUUUAUUGCCUACGAUCCGGUGAAGCGGUUUGCCCCCUCCCAGUGCUUGUUGAUGGACGACAAAUGCCCAAUGAUCGCCGAAGGCAGCGAUUUGCUGGCGCCCAGAGCUUACAGUGUCAUUGGGAGUGUGCUGGAUGCCGUGGUAGGUUACCCGGAGCCACGGAAGCCACAGGUUAAAUACGCCAUAUCGCAACUGGAGCGACAGCACCUGAAGAUGUGCCUGCGAGAAGACUAUGGCAGUAAUGUGAAACGAUUUCGGUUUGAUACACCGUCGCCCGAUGAGGUAGUCAAAUCGGCCCUGCAGAAAACGUGGCGCUCUUCGAAAACUUAAAUUGAUUAAAUUGACAAUUUGCACUAAGUAAAAUUAUAAGUAUCAAUAAAAUAUCUUAUAGUGACA